AUGAAAUCAAUUCGUUCGGUUGAACCAUUGACCGCAGUGCUACUUAUGAAUGAUAUCGAUCGUCGUGUACGAUGUGAGCCACUACCUCCAGAUACAUGUCGCGAACUACGUGCACAAAUCUGGCAUAUCUUAGCUCUAAUACGUGGUUCCAAUCGUACUGUAAUGGAACAAGAUAGUGAGGAAGAAGAGGACGAGCAUGCGGAAUCAGUACCUGAUGAUAAUGAGCAGUCACACACGAGCAACAAGCAUCGAUCGGCCUCACCUAGUUCCCGAUUGGUGGUACCGCCAGUGCAUGAGACAAAUCCGGAACAGCGGCUGUUCCAUUUCCCGCUUGAACUAGACGACCUACUGAUCAGUGUGAUUCAAGAACCGGAGCCUCGUACUUUGAUCAAAAUGAUUCGGACGCAACUUUGGAAAGAUACCUGUCGCGCCGCUUUCGAAACCAUAGAGAAGCGCUUUUUACCGAUGUACGUGGAAAGUCCGGAAUAUCUGUGUCAUGUGUUAGGUAUCAGUCAGCGCACAAUGGGACCGUGUCCUGGCUCACCUAAACUAAUGAAUUCUCCGAAUCGCGUCGGUCCAGAAGCACAGCCAAUUUCAGGCCCAAGUCUGUUUGGCAAUUCGCUGAAGAACAUGUUUAGCAGUAGUCACACCGUCGAAGGUCGCCUCGUCCAGGAUUUGGCAUCCAGUACUAACCGUCCUCAGGCUCGUCUACCUUCUCGCCCGAGUAAGCCGAUCAAUCGGGCUACAAAUCUGCGAGAUCGAAUCGCCGAAGUGUCUAGUGGGGUGGAUCAAACCGUGUCCAAAGCCCAUGCCGCCAUCGCCGCUGCUGCCGCGUCUGACUCGCAUCAUCAACUACACUCACACUAUCUGCUUCAGUCGCAUCAGGUUGACAUGUCUGACUGGAAUGUGUAUAUACCCGGUUUAUCCCGUCCGGAAAUUCAGCCCACUCGUCGCCUAAUCGAUCAACUGACCUCGAACACAGUUGGUGUGCAUGACUCGAACUCUUUCCGGAUGCGCUUGUUUGACGACUCAAACUCAUCCAGCGAGACGAAGGCGAAUGUGACCCGGACACCACAACUUUCCCCGCAGUACAUGUUCACCGUGCGUACAGAACGCUUGGUUAAUGGCGUACGACAGCCAAUUGCUCGUGUAGAUCGUAAAUAUUCAGAGUUCUAUGUACUGGAACAGAAAUUGGUGGAAUUUCACGGAAACGCAAUCGGCCGACAACUGCCCCGUCGUCAAUUCGUUCCGCGCACGUUCGAGUUUAUGGACGCGAGACGGGAGGAUUUCGAAACAUACUUACAGUUCCUGCUUGCCCAACCAUUUCUGCGCAACAGUGAACUACUGUUCAAUUUUCUUACCUCCAAAACGCUGUUCACAAGCAAUCUGAUGUCCGAGUUAAAUUUGGGUCGACUGGUCAAGUCAGUUCCACUCAAACUGACUAAAGAAAAAGGUCAAUUUCUGGACGACUUUCUGGUUUCAUUUUACGUCUCUUGUAGUCCACAACCGAUCAUUCUCGAACCCGUUGAUCCCCGUCCCCGGCCAGCAGCCACCGUGAUCAGUGUUUUACCAAGCAGUGGUGUUGGCACACUGGGUGGUAUGGAUACGUUGGCUUCACCUGAUCACUACUCAAUCAAACCACGAUCCGAUUCUCUUCCGGCGAAUCAGCUGUCCCAUGCGACUAUCCUCGAACGAGCCUCAUUAACGCCGGCUACUACGGUCCCGCCGACAAUGACCACAAAUACUACAAACAUUGGCAAUGCGGUCGCCAAUUCACCGGCUUCACGGCCCGUUCAAUGUACAGUUCUGGACAACCGAUUGCGUGCACGAGCCUACUGGAACAACGCUGGGUGGUCCAGUGACCGACGGAAAGAAUUAAGCGGUCGGGUCUGUGGGUCUAGAAUCUUGCGAUGGCACGGUCUGACCGAGGGUAUCCUGUUUCUUUUUCAUCAUUUGGUUGGUCAUCCAAGUUCCACGCAAUCGAGUUCCUCCGAUGGAAAUCGCAGUGAUACGACUAGCACAAAAGAGCGCGAUCCUCUGCUCUCGGACGAAUCCGACGAACCCACACAGCCACCACCUACCCCACCCGAUCCGUGGGAUGUGAGUCAUGCCGGCUGGAGCGAGGCGUUCCUUAACGGACCAUUAACUUUAGACCAGUUGCGCUCCCCAACAGAUCCUAAUGAUUCAUCUACACCUCGUGCCCUGACUCCAUCAAUGACGGAAUCUACUAUAGCUGAGAAAGCCACGAACCAUUUACCUUCUCAAAAUCACGCGCUUCACAACAACGGCACUGAAAACCUAAUCGCCAGUUCAACUAGAGUCGAACCGCAAAUCUCCAUCAGUUGGACCGAUUGUCGUGCCGCAUUCGUUCAGUCUUAUCGUCUAUUGUUCCAUCAUUUGACUGUCCAGUUCCGCUACUUAGUCUUGUGGAUCUCAUUUCAGCUGUGGUAUUAUCUACGCAUUCCGAUCGACCGAUGGUUGAGUUCAUAUCUAGUGAGCUACUUGCACUCCUGUUUGACGGACAGCUACACAGCCUAUGCCCUUCGGUUAUUGAAGUAUAUGGGCUUCACCUUCAUUUCCAGUCGCGAGAGGAUAGAAGAUCGAAUAAGUCGUCUGCUGCUCUGCUUCCAGUAUCCCAAAUGGAACAAGCAAUUGAGUUACGUUCUCCUGGAUCAUCUGGUUACUGCUCUAUUCCCGGAGUUGCAAACCAACGUGGAUCCGAAAGCCGAGAUAGAAGCGCCAUAA